ACUUCCUAAAAUAUAUUAUUUUUAUAGCUCUUUGGCCCCUUUAUAAAUGUAUUUUCAUUUGUUCCGUAAUGAUAGGGAAUGAUUACGGGAUAUUGCCAAUCAUAACUGACUAACUGACAAAAAUCAAGAUACAGUAUCUAGUUAACGCAAGUGAAUAGCCUAUGUGGAUGGCAGUAGUGGGCACUAACAGGCAGUUUUGUACUGUUGAAAUACUUAAGUGAAUAACAAGCAGUUUUGUAACUUCCCAGGUAACAACUGAAAACCGUAAGUGACAUUUUUUACGAGAAUUUUCGAGAUAAAUAAGUGGAUAUGUGGUUGGCAGAAAUAUGCCACCAUAAAAUAGAGCCGCAGAGAGGGCCGUGGAAUGCCGUAGAAUAGGAUGUCCAGACUUUGGAUUAAGGCCCUUGGAAUUUGGGUUAAACACAACAACAACAACAGCAACAACAACAACAACAAUGGUUUUUACUAAGAAACGUAAAAUUUAUAAUGUGAAUGUCGAAUACCAAAGAGGAAAAAAGAGAAAAAACAUAGUUUCGCGACCAUGGCGAGGUAGAGCAAAGAUAGAGCAGGGACACACUUCAAGUACGGACACUACAGGACAAAGCAUUCCGGGACCAUGUGCACAAGAAAGUUUGGGAGAUUUACCUACACAGUAUGACAGAAGGAAGGUUGGCCGACUAGAAGAUUGGGACGAAUUAAGGAAGCCAAUACUUCAGGCUUUCCUAGAAGAGCAAGUUUUGAUGAAAAAUCAGUGUGGACAAUGCCAGAAAGAGUGUGCUGAAAUGUUCAGAUGUGUUGACUGUGUGCAGUGGCAGUCUUUGUGUAAAGACUGUCUACAUUUGCGACAUGGACAUCCACAUUUGCACAUGUUUGAGAUAUGGAAGAACGUAUCUUUCAUUAGCUACUCUGAGGAGACACCAGUUUGGCACAAUUACUUUCAUCGUUGUGAUUCAAUGUAUUUGAAGCCAUUAAUUGUCAUAGAUGGUAAAGGAAGACAACACAACAGAACAGUAGAAUUUUGUAAAUGUGAAAGAGAAGCUGUAACUCUGGUGAGGUACCGGCUAUGGCCAGCUUCUACAAAAUUCCCCAGGGUAGCCAUACAUUUUGAUUUGUUGUGCUGGUUAAAUGCCCUACUACUUGAGAGCCAUGUUUCUGUGAAAAGUUUUUGUGAGGCAGUGAAAGUCAGCUGUUCAAAACACUCGCAAGGAUAUGUUCAUUCUCAGGUUCAAAACUUGUACAGGAUUUUGAUAUUGGAGUCUGUAUCUGAGUUUCGCCAUUUUCUGUAUAAGACGGAGCAUGCCAGUAGUGUUGCUGAAAAUCUUGAUGAUGGAACAGAGUGUCCAGCUUGUUUUGAGUCUACUACGAAAAUAUACAGCUUUGAUGCAGAUUUCCAGUUGGUUCGCAAGGCAUCAUCAGGAACACAGUGGACUGAACGUAAACACAGCAAGGUGUUCUUAAACCAGCCAGAAGUUGAUGACUUUGUACAAAGUUACAAUGCUGAUAAAAAGAAAAUUGACUCGGGAUGCUCUGAAUUUCAAGCUGGUAGUAAUAUCCGUGCCAAGAACAAGAAUAAGAAACUUUCGGAGACAGCUGUGUUUGGAAGUGCAUGUAGACACGAAUAUCCGAAGUACUUCUUUAGUUUGAAGCAUGGCGAAAGAUUAUGCUACUCCAUCUUCCUACUGCAGAAAUUGAUGGAAGAAUGUGGAAGUGAUGACAAAAUCUGUAUAAUGUAUGAUAUAGCAUGCAGUCUGAAGCGUCACUUACUAAUUCAUGGCCGCACAGAUAUCAUACAGCAAGUGGAAUUUGCCAUACCAGUGUUUCAUGCAUACGGCCACAAAAUGGAAUGUCAGGUGCUUUAUAGCCCCAGGAGAGUGAACGGCCUAGGGUUAACUGAUGGGGAGUGUAUGGAACGGUUAUGGUCAUAUCUAGGCAAGUUUUCAAAAAUAACAAAAGAGAUGACCCCUGAAAAUCGUAUUGACCUUCUUGUAGAUUGCCUCCUGCACUAUGGAAGACGGAUACGUAAUAAACUUGUGAAAAGCUUGCCUGAGAAACUAGAGAGAGCUAUUGAUAUGGAAAAGAAGAGUGUAGAGGCCCUGAACAAACAGCUAGAAUCUUACACUGGAGUUGAUGAUGAAGUUGUCCGAAAAUGGUUGGAAGAUGAAAAAGACGUAUGCUCAAGACAGUCUUCAACGGGGUCAGAUAAUGGACCCUUUGACUUAACCCCGGAAGAACAGUACUGUGUUGCACUUGAUGAUAUGAAUGUCCAAAGAUUGGCUUUCAGCUCUAUGAGAUCUGGUAAUGAAAGACAAAAGCAUAGAAGGUAAAACACACUUUUUAGCUCCACUAUUCGAAUAAUAAGGAGAGCUAUCCUACUC